GUCCACGCUCACAGCCACAAACAUCGGGGUCCACCACAGACUACCUGGAACUGUCUGAGGUCCUGGAACGGUCCGGCAAAGGGUCCUGUUGUGGAUUUAGAUCGCGCGCAUCGGGCGCGUGCGUGAGGACGCAGCUGCUGUGUUUUCCCUCUUCUGGUGUUGAAGUGCUCUCUGCGUCACUGUAGAAGAUGAGUAAGUCUCCCACACCCAAGAGCACCCCGGUGCAGCGGAGCCCCAGCGACGGGGUUCCUGAGGGCCUCCAGUCUCCUCAACAUUCAACUCCUGGAUCCGAACCACCGCAUAAGAAACGCAUCGCCAGUCUGCUUCAGAGCCCGUCUUUCAGGGAGGAGCUGGAUGCGCUGAUCCAGGAGCAGAUGAAGAAGGGCGGCAGCUCGUCCAACCUGUGGGCACUCAGACAGCUGGCUGAUUUUAUGGCCACUCACGGCUCGCCAGCCGCGCUGCCAGUGUCCCCGUCCAACAUGAUGAUGGUGACGCCCAUCAACGACCUGCAGGGUUGGGACCCCGGCAGCAUGGUCAAGGGGGAGCGACUGAUGCGUUGCAAGCUAGCCAGUGUCCAUCGCCUGUUUGACCUGUACGGCUGGGCUCAGAUGAGCCGGACCUGCCUCACUCUUUGUGUCAGUAAGGAGCUGGAACACUUCCUGGUGCUUCCAGACGGCCUGAGCUACAGCGAGGUCAUGGGCUCCAGUCUGGUUAAGGUGAAUAUUCUGGGCGAGGUCGUGGAGAAGGGCAGUACCAGCCUAGGGGUGGAUUCAGAGAAGUUCAGUCUGCACUCGGCCAUCUACUCGGCCCGGCCAGAUGUUCGUUGUCUACUUCACCUCCACACGCCAGCUACAGCCGCAGUGUCAUCAAUGAAGUCCGGCCUCCUGCCGCUGUCCCAUGAGGCUCUGCUGGUUGGUGAUGUGGCGUACUAUGACUACAAUGGUGUGAUGGAAGAGGAGGAGGACAGGGUGGAGCUACAGAAGAGCCUGGGGCCCACCUGUAAGGUUCUGGUGCUGAGGAACCACGGCAUCAUGGCGCUGGGCAAGUCCAUGGAGGAGGCCUUCUACAUGAUCUACCACAUCCAGGCCGCAUGCCAGAUACAGGUGUCAGCAUUGUGCUGUGCUGGUGGUGAACAGAACCUUAUUCUUUUAGACCAGACCACACAAAAACCCAACCCGACUGGCACUGUGGGCUGGGCCGGCUCCACGUUCGGACCCCUCCACAAGAGCCGCAUUGGAGAGCAAGAGUUUGAAGCCCUGAUGAGGACUCUGGACAACUUGGGUUACCGCACUGGCUAUGCCUACCGUUUCCCUUUGCUGCUGGAGCGAACACGGACACGCAGAGAUGUGGAGGUGCCACCAUCUGCCACGGCCUUCCACCAGUUUGAGGAAGAUGGGAUCCACCCGGCUCUGAGGCAGCACCCGUUUGCUCAACGGCAGCAGCAAGAGAGGACACGCUGGCUCAACACCCCCAACACUUACCAGAAAGUGAGCCAGGACCAAGCCAGCCCCGGACAUCUGCGCACCACCUGGUUGAAGACGGAGGAGGUGACACAGGCCGGCAGCACAUCGAUCAAGAUAGAAAAUCCAAACCAAUUUGUUCCUCUUUUUACUAACCCUCAGGAGGUGAUCGAGACACGAAACAAGAUCCGACAGCAAAAUCGUCAGGACACAAAGACGGCGGGGCCACAGUCUCAGGUCUUAGCCACAGUCAUAACAGAGGACAGUCCUCCAUCUCCAGUCAGCCCACCCAAAGUCCCACCAGAGCCAGAACCACCCAAUCCCUUUAACCAGUUAACAGACCAGGAACUGGAGGAGUACCGCAAGGAGGUACAGAUGAAACAGGAUGGAAGGACCAAUGGGGAGGAGGUGGCAAGUGACACGGAGUCUCCCGCUGCUACCUCCCCCACAAAGGGACUUCAGCCCUGCCAAACCCCUGACACAGAAGAAGAAAAGACAGACUUGCCGGCCUUACAGAACGGAGGGGAGGAGGAGAAGCAGACCACAGAGGAACUCGAAAAAGGAAUGAAAGCUCUUUCAACCAAUGAUACGUCCACGCCUGCCUCUCCACCUGCCAAACCACCAGGGGGCACCCCAGAUGUCUCGCCAUCCAAGUCUCCAUCCAAGAAGAAAAAGAAGUUCAAGCCUCCCUCCUUUCUGAAAAAGAGCAAAAAGCAGAAAGAGAAAGCAGAGACCUGAAGGGCUCACAAGGGCCAGACCUCAGUGAAAUAUGUCUUCGUUCUAUGGGAUUAGAUUGAUGUCAAAAUUAUUACAAUUUCUGUGCUGAAACCAAAAAUGGCCUCAAAACCAUUUAAUUACCAUCACUAUGUUUUGUUUUAGUUAAUCAUAGUCUGUUUUAAUUGCACUGUUGGAGUUUUCAGUUACAUUUUUGACAUAACCCUAACGUGGAGGCGGGGCUUACUUUUUACACACCUACAUAGACUAAUUAAUAAUACUAAUAAUAAAACAUUUGUUUAUAUAGCACUUUUCAACUGUCUAUAUCACGUGCUUCCCAAAUUAAGAUGCAAUAAAAGUAGUAGGUUACAUAAAAAAAUAUUUAAAAAUAAAAUUUAAAUACAGACUACGAUAAGAAAAAGAAAAGAUAAUUGCUGAUCUCUGGCUGUUACAGUUUUCAUAGAACCCAUUUGAUUACAUAAUUGAUGGACAUUGUAAGCCUUAAAACACCCAGUCAUCAAAAAGAUAGCCAUUUAGGAUAUGUAUAUGUACAGGAUUAGAUUGCUGUAAGAGAGAGAAAAAAAAAAUUAUACCUAUGAAUAAAAUGUGUUGGGGGGGGGGGGGGUGACGAUUAUUGCAAACAGCCACAAGGGGGCAAUGUUUUGGCUUUGUUUUUGAAUAUCACUUUUUCCACAAACUUUUCUUUUUCUUAUCAAACACAGACAUACCAUAAAUAAGACCUGCACACGUGAUUGGUUGGCUUUAUAGCCAUAAAUAAAUAAAUCUAUCAGUGGAAUCACUCUUCUGUAUAAAUGAAGCAACAAAAUCUGGCACAAGAUUCUGCUGAACGAAGACAAAUUACAUGGGGGUCAAGUUCUAACACUGCUGAAGUAUUUUUUAUGCUUCACCUAAUUUAAAAAUUCCUCUCAAUUAUUAUUAUUUUAUUUUGGAAAUUUGAAAACAUCAAUAAUUUUGGCAUAAAUCUAAUCCCAUACAUUACAUUUUAUCAUACACGAUCCAUUGUAAUGUCCUUCAGAGAUGAUAUGAACAAAACUGACUUUCGUAUUCUUCACUGUAACAGCUUGAAGCUUCUCUUCUCACCGUGCUGAUUUAUGCUGUUGUCCGUACGGUCAUUUUCACAAAUUAAAAACAUAACUGAUGUUCAUUUUCAGUAAAUAUUUGACCCAGGUCUGGU